AGUUUUCUCUUUGCACUCCACCCCGGUAGCAGCUCCGAACAAGGGACAACUUCCUCUGGUGGUUCCCCCGCCUGGGCUGUGCUGCAGCCGCCUGUCCCGACGUGGGUGGGUGGGCCAUGGAGCCCCCCCCGGGGCCGGAGCCCCAGGCUCCGCAGGAGGUGGAAACGAGAGAAGAUGAAGAACAAAACAUCAAAUUGGCAGAAAUUUUGGAGCUCUUGGUUGCAGCUGGAUAUUUCAGGGCAAGAAUUAAAGGCUUGUCACCCUUUGACAAGGUAGUAGGAGGAAUGACUUGGUGUAUCACUACUUGCAACUUUGAUAUAGACGUUGACUUACUGUUUCAGGAAAACUCUACAAUAGGUCAAAAAAUUGCCUUGACAGAAAAAAUUGUAUCUGUCCUGCCAAGGAUGAAGUGCCCCCACCGCCUAGAGCCCCAUCAGAUCCAGGGGCUGGAUUUCAUUCAUAUAUUUCCUGUUGUUCAGUGGUUGGUGAAGCGUGCCAUAGAAACCAGAGAAGAAAUGGGUGACUACAUCCGCUCCUACUCCGUAUCUCAGUUUCAGAAAAUCUAUAGUCUUCCAGAGGAUAAUGACUUCCUUCAAAGGAAAGAAAAGUCCAUCAAGACAGUAACCGAUAUAUUUGAUGUUUACAAACCACGUCGAAAAUACAGGCGUCAGAAGGGAGCUGAGGAGCUGCUAGAUGAAGAAUCUCGAGUCCAUACUACACUUUUGGAAUAUGGCAGGCGAUACGGAUUAAGUAGACAGAGCAAAACAGAAAAGACUGAGGACAAGAAAGUGGUGUUGCCUUCUGGGUUCUCAGGGUCAGGAAAAUCCCUUGACGAAGAUGAGCUUCAAGCUGCCGAAGAGCGCCAUAUUGAAACCCUGAUGACUAAAAUGGCUGCUAUGGCAACAGAAGAGAGCCGACUGACUGCAAGUGCAGUAGGCCAGAUUGUGGGGCUUCGCUCCGAGGAGAUCAAGCAGAUUGUCUCAGAAUACGCUGAGAAGCAGUCAGAGCUUUUGGCUGAACCAAGUCCAGAAAAACUGGGAGUGACCCAACAACAUCGUCGAAAAAUUGCUUCUUUGAACAAGCAGAUUCAGCAGAAAACCAAACUUCUAGAAGAGUUACAGGCCAAGUGUGCAGAUUUACAAGUCAAAUAUGAUGAAGCAAAGACAAAACUUUCAGAAGUAAAAAGUUACAGUGAGAAAUUGGACCAAGAAUUGGCAGCCCUCGAGAAGAUAGAAUCCCAGGCUGACCCAAGCAUUCUGCAGAAUUUAAGAACACUUGUAGCUAUGAAUGAAAAUCUGAAAAGUCAGGAACAAGAAUUCAAAGCACAUUGUAGAGAAGAGAUGACACGUCUCCAGCAGAAUAUUGAAAGUUUAAAAGCUGAAACAUCAGAAGAUGGAGAUGAAAAGGAACCCACCAGAGUUAUAGACCAACAGCAUAAAACUGAGAAAGAAAAGCUUCAGAAAAUCCGUCUAUUGCUGGCUCGAAGAAACCGAGAAAUAGCAAUUUUGCAACGUAAGAUUGAUGAAGUACCCAGCAGAGCUGAGUUAACACAGUAUCAGAAGAGAUUUAUUGAACUCUACAGUCAGGUGUCAGCAACCCACAAAGAAACCAAGCAGUUUUUCACUCUAUAUAACACACUGGAUGAUAAGAAGGUUUAUUUGGAAAAAGAGAUUUCUUUGCUGAAUUCAAUUCAUGAAAACUUCCAACAAGCAAUGGCCUCCUCUGCUGCCCGUGACCAGUUUUUGCGACAGAUGGAACAGAUUGUAGAUGGAAUUAAACAAAAUCGGAUGAAGUUGGAGAAGAAGAAACAAGAGAACAAAAUGAGAAGAGAUCAGUUAAAUGAUGAAUAUCUGGAACUAUUAGAAAAACAGAGACUAUAUUUUAAAACCGUGAAAGAAUUCAAGGAGGAAUGCCGCAAGAAUGAAAUACUGCUGUCCAAGGUGAAAUCCCAUAUUUCCUGAGAAAACUCAUCAGCUGGCAGCCUUAAUUGAUUUUUCUAGCCUGGAGAUGGAUUACCACGUUAUGAAAUGUGAUAGUAGCAGCCCAGAGACACCGGCAGACUGCUUCAAAUAUCCUGGAUUUUUUUUUUCCUAUUUUGCUUCCUUUCAUUCCCAUGCCAAGUGUUAAUGACAGUCAUUCAACACAAAGGGUAUAACUAGAGUAAAAGCCCUUCCACAGAAUAAGAUGUAAUGUGGCCAAUAUUUCUUUUCUGUACAGAUUUUUCUUUUACAUCCAAAACAACAUUACACAUAAUUAAGAUAUCAGGAAAAAUAUUUGCAUAAAGUCUCUAUAAAAUAAAAAUUAACUCAUUCAUUCCACCCCUCUUGUGCAAGGCACUAUUCUAGGCUGGUGGGGUAGGGGGAAAGAGAAAGCAAUGAAGGUUACACUGACUUGGCAGAACCAGGUUCUUUGGUCUGGGAGCUUGCAGUCUCAAUGGGAAAGUUGUGUUAUAAACUUAGAAAUUACAAGUAAAUAAGUACUCCAAGGAAAGUAUAAUUAGUGUUAUAGGAUUUAGAAAACAGAAAGAGCAAUUCUGCCUAGAUCAGUGUUAGGGCCCAGGACAAAGGCCUUACUCUGUCCCACCCCUAAUGAGGACACUGUUAUUUAGCUCUUUACUUGGGUUCACUUGGGAUUUCACUGGAACCUUAAGUGGUCUCCCCACCCUUGGCCUAAGACAAUAAGGCAAUGGAACGAACUACUGGAGUCAAGGGACCUUGGUUCAAGUCCCACUUCCGACAUUGCAUGACCUUGCAUGAAAUCAUUUAAUCUCACUUGGAUCUGGAAAAUGAGGGAUUUAGCCUGAAUGGCUUCUGCAAACCUUUGUAGCUCUCGCUCCGUGAUCCAGUAAGCCAACUGUAAUGCCUUCCGACCUCCGGGGGCAGAGUCUCGGCCCCUCAGACAACGCCAGCUUGCUUUGGCAGGGGGAAACCGUUUACCCGCUGUCCUUCCAGCUCUCCACCUGAACCCCCGGCCUUGGACCUUCCACUCCUCAUCUGCCCAUCCGAGGGUCUGGUCCCCUUUGUUCUGGUCCAGCUUCCCUUCUUCUCUGUAGUCCUCCCCAGCCACUUCUCCUUCCCAUCCACCUCAUCUCAACAGCAGUGCUCAACCACGUAGACAGGUGCUCCCUCAAUACCUCUUCUGCCGUCAUCCUGCCAACUAAGGGCAGAGGGGCCUGUAGCAUCACCUCUGGGUCUGGCUUCGAGCCUCCUGUGAGCUCUUCUCAGGUACCAGACAGUACAGGGAAGCAGGGGAAGUUCUGUAGAAAAUGGGCUCCAUUAUGGAGCAAACAAACCACAGUCCAGUAACGGGAAAUCGCAAGGCAAUAAUACCUGCCACCUAUAUAGCACUUUACAUCAAAUCCAGCCUCAGACACUUUCUAGCUUGGGCUUCACUUGGGCAAAUCACUUAACCUC